AUGGAUCUCGUUAUAAAGCUUCCUAAGACAAAACAAGGUCACGAUGCUAUUUGGGUUAUAGUCGACCGACUUACUAAAAGUGCUCACUUUUUGCCCAUACGAGAAACUAUUUCAUCUGAAAAGGUUCAAUCCCAACACCCUGUGUGUUGGGGAGAAAUCGGGCAGCGAGAGCUCGCUCCUAAAGAUGUUGUGGUGAUAACGAAUGAGAAGAUUGAUCAAGUACGGGCUCGUUUGAAGGCAGCGCAAGACCGACAAAAAUCUUAUGCGGACAAAAGAAGGCGCCCUAUUGAAUUUCAAGAAGGGGAUCGAGUGUUCUUAAAGGUCUCGCCGUGGAAGGGUAUAAUACGGUUCCGUAAAUGGGGGAAGUUGGGUCCUCGGUAUAUUGGGCCGUUCAAAACUAUAGCCCAUGUUGGUAAAGUGGCAUACCAAUUAGAAUUACCUCCGGCUUUAGAUGGAAUCCAUAACACUUUUCACGUGUCACAACUAAGGAAAUGUCUCGCGGAUGAAACGGCGUAUGUGCCACUCGAUGAUAUCGAACUGGAUGAGAAAAUGAACUAUGUUGAAAGGCCGGUGGCUAUCAAAGAUUCCAAAAUAACGCAUCUACGAAAUAAAGCCAUUCGACAAGUUCUAGUUCAAUGGCAGCAUCGGAAAGGAUCGGAUCUGACAUGGGAAUCAGAAGAUGAAAUGCGAAAGCACUACCCGUCAUUAUUUGGUACGUAUUAA